UCCGUCCUGGGACGCCUCGACCGCUCCCUUUCUGCGCCCCUCGCUCAUCCCCGCGGCGACCCCCGCUUUACCCCCAGCAUGUCCCCGGGGGGCAGGCACUGAGCGCCUCACGUUCUCCCCGGGGCCGUUCUUCCCGUUGUACGGUCAGGGGAGCCGGACCGCACCAUGGCUUUCGCCAACUUCCGCGAGAAGAGGCGCUCCAAGGAGUUCGAGCACGUCCGCCGGGACCUGGACCCCAACGAGGUGUGGGAGAUCGUCGGGGAGCUGGGGGACGGCGCCUUCGGCAAAGUGUACAAGGCCAAGAAUAAGGAGACAGGAGCAUUGGCUGCUGCAAAAGUCAUUGAGACGAAGAGUGAAGAGGAACUGGAGGAUUAUAUGGUAGAGAUUGAAAUCCUGGCAACCUGUGAUCACCCAUACAUUGUCAAGCUCCUGGGAGCAUUUUACCAUGGCAGCAAACUCUGGAUCAUGAUUGAGUUUUGCCCUGGUGGGGCAGUGGAUGCUGUCAUGCUAGAGUUGGAUCGAGGUCUGACGGAACCCCAGAUUCAAGUGAUUUGCCGCCAGAUGUUGGAGGCUCUUGUCUACCUUCACAGUAAAAAGAUCAUCCACCGUGACUUAAAGGCAGGCAAUGUACUUCUGACCCAGGAUGGAGAUAUUAAACUCGCUGACUUCGGUGUGUCUGCCAAAAACAUGAAAACUUUGCAGAGACGAGAUUCCUUCAUCGGGACCCCUUACUGGAUGGCCCCUGAGGUAGUGAUGUGUGAAACUAUGAAGGACACUCCCUAUGACUACAAGGCCGACAUCUGGUCCCUGGGAAUAACGCUGAUAGAAAUGGCUCAGAUAGAGCCCCCCCACCAUGAACUGAACCCCAUGAGAGUCGUGCUGAAGAUUGCCAAGUCUGACCCUCCCACACUCAACUGCCCUUCUAAAUGGUCUCCAGAGUUCAGAGACUUCCUGAAGACAGCUCUUGAUAAGAACCCUGAGACUCGGCCAAGUGCGGCACAGCUGCUGGAGCAUUCCUUCAUUAACAAGGUCACCAGCAACCGAGCUCUGCGUGAGCUCGUGGCGGAGGCAAAGGCUGAAGUGAUGGAAGAAAUCGAAGACAAUCGAGAGGAAGGAGAAGAGGAUGAAUCAUCGGAACUUGUAUCUCCCCCCGGGACUCAUAAGCGAGACCCUUCGGAGGUGAGCCAGUUGAGUUUUGAGGGAGAGAAACCUCCAGAAUCCCCCUCCCCGCUGGAGAUGAAUGGACCCACAUUGCCUGUGGGGCAGGCCAAGAAGACUGUAGACAGAGACACAGACAGAUUCUCAGAUGAAGGUAUCAGCAGCGAGAACUCCAUGAAAACUACAAGCAGCUCCGAGUCAUCUGGGAUAGACUGUGGCAGAAUUGCCCCUGGCACCCAGGAAGAGCCGGUCCCCAACCGCCACUCUGCACUGCUAGAGGAGGAUAAGGUUAAUCCAGUGAAGGAGAAACGCAAUGAAAGCAAGAAGCUGGAGUCAGUGAAUAAAGAGCAUAAGAGCAUUGGGAACUGGCCUGAGAGCAGCCACCUGGAAAAUGCUGCCAGGGAAAAACUUGCCAAUGGGAAUUUGGAUUCUUUUCUUCAGUUGGCCAGCAGUCGGUCCAAGCGGGAUUCUGAUUCUGGCAGCACUUCUGCUUCGGAAAGCAUGGAUCUCACCACCUCUCUGUCCCUUAGCAGGGAGAGUGGCUCGCUGUCUCUGAAGGACUCCCGGAUGCACAACAAGACACUGAAGCGAACCCGGAAGUUUGUGGUGGACGGUGUGGAAGUAAGCGUGACCACCUCCAAGAUCAUCAGCGAGGAUGAGAAGAAAGACGAAGAGAUGAGAUUCCUCAGGCGCCAGGAGUUGCGGGAGCUGCGCCUGCUUCAGAAAGAGGAACAUCGGAACCAGACCCAGCUGAACAACAAACACCACCUGCAGCUGGAACAGAUGCUGAAGCGCUUUGAGCAAGAAACGACGGCAAAAAAGAAAUUCUACGACACGGAGCUGGAAAACCUAGAACGUCAGCAGAAGCAGCAGAUAGAGAAGAUGGAACAGGAUCACUCAUUCCGCCGGCGGGAAGAGGCAAAGCGCAUCCGUGCUGAGCAGGAAAGAGACUACUGCAAAUUCCAGGAGCAGCUUAAGCAGAAGAAGAAGGAGCUCAAGAGCGAGGUUGAGAAGCUUCCCCGGCACGUGCGCAAGGAAAGCAUGAAGGUGAAGACGGAGGAAUUUGCGCAGAAGAAGCAAGUCUCGGAACGAGAGUUUGUAGCCAAGCAGAAAGAGGAUCUGGAGCAGGCCAUUAAUAAUAUCACGGUGCAGAACAAGAAGGAGAUCUGUGACAAGGAGCGGGAGUUCCUGAGCAAAAAGCAGCAGCUCAUGAGAGACCGAGAAGCCUCCAUCUGGGAGUUAGAAGAGCACCACCUACAGGAGAAACACCAACUUAUCAAGCAACAGUUGAAGGACCAGUAUUUCCUCCAGAGACACGAGCUGGUCCGAAAGCAUGACAAGGAGCGGGAGCAAAUGCAGCGGUAUAACCAGCGAAUGAUUGAGCAACUGAGGAUUCGGCAGCAGCAGGAGAAAGGCCGUCUCCCCAAAAUCCAGAGGAACGAAGGGAAGACCCGCAUGGCCAUGUUCAAGAAGAGCCUCCAUAUAAGCUCCAGCGGGAGCAUGUCAGAACAGAGGGAGAAGAUAAAACAGUCGGCUAAGCAGGAAGAGAAGCGCCAAAAGGCAGAGCGGCUGCAGCAGCAGCAGAAACACGAGUCCCAGAUGAGGGAAAUGAAUGCCCAGUGCGAGAGCAAUGCGAAUGAACUGCAGCAGCUCCAGAACGAGAAGUGUCACCUCUUGGUUGAACAUGAGACCCAGAAGCUGAAGGCCCUGGAUGAAAACCACAACCAGCAUCUGAAGGAUUGGCGGGAUAUGCUGAGGCCACGGAAGAAGGCUCUGGAAGAGGAGUUGAACCAGAAGAAGCGGGAGCAGGAAAUGUUCUUCAAGCUGAGUAAGGAGGCAAACGGUCAGACUCCAGCAUCCUCAAACAAGCCUGCCAAGUUUGUUCCCUUCACCUCGGCAGAGUGCUCCUAACGCCGGGGGCUGGGCGAGCCAGCAAGCAUCUGGUGUUAGCUCUACUUUGAUUAGCUGUGGACAAGCAACUCAGGACUUCUGGGGCCCUCUGACACGCCAGCCUCACUCAGGGCGGUGCCCUCUGGUCCCUCUGUUCUGCCUGAUAGAAAUAUGGCCUCCUGCAACUUCUGUCUCUCUCUGUGGGAGAUCAGCUUGAUUAUGAGCAGAGGCAGCCUUUCCUGGGGCUGGCUCACUCUGCCAGAAGAACUACACUGAUGCUUCCUGCCAGGGAGGCUGGCAGAGCUGUGCUCAUGAUCCUAUUCGUGCCAUCUGCUGAGCUCUUUACUGUGUGGCUAAACCUGGUGCCUGUGCUGGGUCCGAUCCCAGAUCAGAGCAAUAAAUGCUAUGGACAUGAGAGGUUAGGGGUUCUCUAACCCUGUUCAAGGUGUUUUAUUUAAAUAUUCCUGUUCUCCAUGGCUACCUCCUUCCUCUCUGUGAUAGGGCAGCGGCUGGGUGCAGUUUCAGCAUUUGCACUGGGUGAUGCUGCCCUGGUCUCCUGGACCCAUAAGGCCUACAAGGCUUCAGAUGGUUUUCUUACAAAACACAAAGCAGAGUUAGCUGUGUUUUUACUGUGGUCUCCAUCUCCCUGGGUUUUCCUCCCAGUAUAAACCCUGGAGGACUAGCUGGGCUCCUCCCUCCCUGUCUGCUUUUCUUCUGUUCUGGGAGUUGCUUUUAAUGGCACAGCUCCCCUUCAGGUUCCUAGUCGCUCUGUAGCACUUACUGCACCCCCACAGUCCUGUGGGGACAGCAUCUAAGACUCCAGCCUGGCUGCAGUACAUGGCCAUGUGCAGCAUCACAGCUGCACUGUGAAGCCAGCCUAAAACUCUCGCCCUCCCUAAGAGAGGUGACAUGGGAAGGAGAAGUGGGGAGAGGUUAAUGGCUUUGCUCAGUUUAACACACUGAGAUAUCCGGAGUUGUCAUGUGCCAUCUGCAUGGGGGUUACUGCUUCUAGAACAAACUUUUAUCAGCCCUUGGAGCUGUGUGGAAGCUGGAGUUAGGAGAUGCAGUGAGUUUUUGGGGUGUGUAGAUUAGCCAGCCAGAACUUUGUAGCCCAAAUGACUUACUUCAAAGCUUGGUUUGAAAGGAUUAAAACUGGCAAAUACCCAGGCAGUCUGGAUCUUAAAUUGGUGAGAGGGGAAGAUGCAACUGACAGCUCCAGCUGGCUUGUAGCUAUAUCAACUAACUUCUUCCAGAAGAGAUGCCUAUACUUUGUAAGCAAAGGCCUUGCAAAGACAUGUCACAACUUAUUUCAUGUACUCCUGGUUUCCUGCCUAGGGUUGGUCAUGCAGGGCAGAUAGGGCAGUCCGAUCUCAAGUUCUGUCUACCUUUUUUUGCCCAUGUCUGCUGUGAAUCAGGUUCUCUUUCUCUCACCAUUCCCAGCACACGCCAGUUGGCACCAUGACUGUCUACAAUUCUGUUUAAUUCUCACAAAUGAAUUUUGCCAUCGUACUGGGUAGGAGGUAAGACUCCCCAGAGUGGCAGAACCUAGGCUUGGAUAAGGAAGUCCCAAGUCCAGACUGUGGCCAGUCUCCUUGUACCGUUCCAGUCAACAAAGUACCAAGGGAAUCUUUUGUUUCUGAUGCAGCCAAUUUUGACAUGGGGACAGAGCUGCCAUAAAGUACGAGCACCUUGAUAUGCUCCUACCCCUUACGUGACUGAUCACAGAACAGCAUGUGGUAGCAGUUUUGCUUCCUUUGGUUUGUGUGCCACAUUUUAUGCUCAGAUUGUAUCUUCCGGACAUGGGUCCUUAUUAAUACUCUACUUAAGAGUAAUUGUGUCAUCAUCUCAUGUCCCAAGAGCUGUGCUAACUCUGCUGGGUGGCAUCUGCUCGAAGAUAUGUAUGUUAGCACUGAAGCCUGGACACAUGGGAAAUCAAAAGUCUUUGCAGCUCAAAGGUGUAAGUUUGAAACACCUUUAUACCAAAGUGGCGGGGGAGGUCUUCCUACUCAUUUAGAAUUUUUUUAAAGUAUUUUUCAGUUUCCUGAAGACUAUCUUCUUGGCUGUUCUGAGCUCCUUAUGAAAUUAAAGGUAUUACUGUUUCAUUUUGCUUAAAGUAGCUCAGACUGACCAAGACAGCCAGCCAUACAUAGUGACUGAUACAGAAGAACUGCAUAUUUUAUUGUACCAUCUCAAAGCACCAUGUGUUCUGAGACCUUGGGGUCCUUUAAAAAAAAAAAA